GUGGUUAUUUUCUGGGUGGGGCUCGGUUUGCAAAAGUGCUAAAAAUAAUGUCAACAAACCCAACAAAAAAGAAGGUACAGUCUCCUAUUAACUACGAGAAACUGCAGGAGUUGUGCUUAAGAGCAAAGAGUGAAAGUAAUCCUUUGAAACAUGAGGACUUCAUGAAAGAGUAUCCUCUCCUUUUUGUAUCCUCUGAACAUAAAGAACCAAGGAAAAGAUCAAGCACUUUAUAUAGCAGUAGACUUUCAACUGCUAACAACAAACUGCCACAAGUAGAAAGACCUCGUUCAGUAUCAGCAUAUGGUUGGAGAAGAGCGGAUCAAAUCCAAGAAUUAAUAUUGAGAAAUAGAUUAAGAGGAAUGGCAAAUGUAGGACUAAAAUAUCCUCCUUUCAGAGAUGAAGAACAAGUCAAGAGACUUUCCUCACUUCUGUUGCAUUUCCCCAAACUUUUGCCGCAAAGUCUGGACCCCUUAGUAAGGGAAAAGAUUGCAACUUGGAUUAGUGCAGAAAGAAUCACUGAAAGAAAAGGAAUUUCAUUGCCCAGAGAAGGAGGGCUGUACAUUAUUUUGAAAGGACGUGUACAAGAAACACUAAAAGACUCCAACACUGGAGAAUAUACGACAAACAUACUACGCAUUGGAGAAGUCUUUGGUGAAAUGAAAGAGAUGGCUUAUCCACCAAAACUAAGCUAUCCAACUUAUGUUGGAGAAAAGAACUCCAUUGUUUUAAGGGUGACAUUAAAUGACCUAACUCGAGCAAAAGAAAUGAUAAAAGAAAGACAGCUGCAUGUACAUCUUCAAUUUAUUGAGACUAGUCCACUUCUGAAAACCUUUCCACUGCACAUUCGCCAAAAACUUGCUAUGAAUAUUCAGUGGAAGGAAAUUCCAGCAAAAACAAAGGUCUUAAUAGAAGGCGAGCCAAUUGUGCAUUUGAGCGUCAUUAAAGAAGGAAGGUGUAAAGUAACAAAAAGCACAACAUGUUUGGCAUUGGAAAAAGUUUGUAUUGGUGAGAUUGGAGAGGGUGCAUGCAUUGGGGAAUUAGUCAUUGAAGGCUGUGAGAUAUCACCUUAUACUGUCAUAUCAGUUGCUCCAUUGCAUGUUGGACAGAUAACAGUCCAAUGCAUCAGAGCUUUAGCAAUGCAAGAAUUACUGACUUCUGAGCAGCGAUACUCUAUUAAUCUUCCAUCAGAGGAGAUCCUGCAGAAAAUGUAUGCAGAGAAGCAAAUGAACAAGCAGUGGAACUCUUUAAAGAAAACUAUAAUUGAUGAAGUGUACAAGGAGAAACAGGGAGCAAGAACUAAAAGUGCUUUCAGUUGAUAAAAAUUUGUUAAUAAUUAAUUAUUUAAUGGUCAA